GUCUAAAUAUAUUCUUCGGACCAUCUGAGAGGGUUGAACAGAGAGCGAGAUUGUGAAGAAGAAGAAGAUGAAGCUAACGUGGAACAAGAACCCUAAGAAACGAUCUCGUGUAGCUUUACCGAACAUCCUCGAUGUUCCUUUCGAGAAGGAAGCUCCAGAGACCAAAUCUCAGCGCCUAGAAGAUGAUUUAGAGGUCGUAGAAAAUGAUGGGAGACUCGAUCUCGAAGCGAAGAAGCUCGCAGAUUCGUUUAGAGCACAAGGAGACAAGCUCGCUGAGGAAGGAAGAUACGAGGAGGCUCUAGGGAAAUGGGAAGCUGCUCUUAAUAUCGGGCCUCAAAAUGCUAUCAUUCAUGAACAAAAAGCUCAAGUCUUUCUUGAGAUUGGUGAUCCAUGGAAAGCACUCAUGGCUGCUACACGAUCUACUGAGUUAGAUCCAUCGUGGGCUGAGGCGUGGACUACUCUUGGAAGAGCACAACUCAAUUUUGGAGAGCCUGACAGUGCUAUCAGCAGUUUUGAAACCGCAUUAUCCAUCAAUGCGGAAUCCAAAGAGGCAAAAGAGGAUUUACAAGCUGCAAAACAACUAAUAAAGAAGAGAGAACAGCUUCAGACAUCAGGACAGGACACUGACGCUAAACGUUUUGUGGUCGGCGACAAGAAAAUAGAGCCAAACUAAUGAACCAGGGACUUGUACUUUAGGCAUAGAGUAGAACUUGUACAGUGUAAUAAGAACAACAAAUAGAAGAUUGUUCUUCGUCAAGGCAAAGACUUAAAAGCCAUUUGUCUGAAGAAACUUCUGAAUCUUUCCAGUAUAAGUACUUUUGAAGGUGGUCCUGAAAAAAAAACACACAUUCCUUGGAACCAUA